AUCGUUCGCGAGAAACGCGACGAUUAAACAGUCCAUCUUUGUGUCAGUUGCGUCAGAUAUCCUGCAUUGCGGAGGGUUUGACAGCGAGAGUUUUUUGAGACAUUGCUCUCCGGCGGAUUAUUCCGUGAAAAAAGAAAAAUAAAAUGGCAGCAAUGAGGAUGAAAGCAACUAGGUGUCCUACGGAUGAGCUCAGCAUUUCAAAUUGUGCUGUCAUCAAUCCCGAUGACUUCCCAGACAAUGUCAAGCACGUCGAAGUCACCACUGGGCCGAAUCAACACUUUGUGUUUACGGUCAGAACUCAUCAUGACAUACCGCGGGGUUCAGUGGGAUUCAGUCUGCCUCAACGAAAGUGGGCCACUCUUUCUCUUAAUCAGGACAUUGACGUCAGGCCUUAUCAUUUUGAUCCAACUUCUAGUUCCGAAUUUCUCUGUACCAUUUCGCUCGAGGCUGAUUUCCUUCAAAAGACUAAGACAACUCUGGAACCUUAUGACACAGAGCUCAUGGCCAAAGAGUUUCUUCUCCAGUUCUCUGGUCAGGCAUUUACAGUUGGUCAACAGUUAGCAUUCCAAUUUGGCGAUAAGAAAAUGUUGGGUCUAGUGGUGAAGAGUUUAGAGGCUGCUGACAUAUCGGCGAUCAAAGCAGGUCAGGAGAAUACGAAGCCAAAGAAAACACGUAUGGGACGUUGUCUGGGCGAUACAACGAUACAAUUUGAGAAAGCUGACAACUCGAGUUUGAAUCUAAUUGGCAAAGCAAAGGGUAAAGUCGUUCGUCAAUCGAUCAUAAACCCUGAUUGGGAUUUCGCGAAAAUGGGAAUUGGCGGUUUGGACAAGGAAUUCAGUGCUAUUUUCCGACGUGCAUUUGCCUCACGAGUUUUUCCGACCGAAGUAGUUAUGCAGUUGGGCUGCAAACACGUCAAGGGUAUUUUAUUGUACGGGCCACCGGGUACUGGAAAAACUCUGAUGGCACGACAGAUUGGAAACAUGUUGAACGCGCGUGAACCAAAAAUUGUGAACGGACCUCAAGUUCUUGACAAAUACGUUGGCGAGAGCGAAGCAAACAUACGAAGAUUGUUUGCGGAUGCUGAAGAGGAAGAGAAAAAGCUCGGCCCUAACAGCGGUCUUCAUAUCAUUAUAUUUGACGAAAUUGAUGCGAUAUGCAAAUCUCGUGGCAGUGUCGCCGGCAAUACCGGAGUUCAUGACACGGUCGUCAAUCAGCUGCUAGCUAAAAUUGAUGGCGUUGAACAAUUGAAUAAUAUUCUCGUUAUCGGUAUGACCAAUCGAAGGGACAUGAUCGACGAGGCUUUACUACGACCUGGUAGAUUGGAGGUGCAAAUGGAAAUCAGUCUUCCAGACGAGUUUGGAAGACAUCAGAUUUUGAAUAUCCACACGUCUCGUAUGAGGGACCACAAAAAAAUCGCGCCCGACGUAGAUUUGAAGGAGCUAGCUGUUCUUACGAAAAAUUUCAGCGGUGCUGAAUUAGAGGGUCUUGUGAGAGCUGCGCAGAGUACGGCUAUGAACAAAUUGAUCAAGGCAUCCAGCAAAGUCGAAGUCGAUCCCUCUGCAAUGGAAAAACUCAUGGUGUCAAGAACUGAUUUUCUCCAUGCCUUGGAAAAUGAUGUCAAGCCUGCUUUUGGUACCAGCGCUGAUGCUCUUGAACAUCUUUUGACUCGUGGUAUUCUCAAUUGGGGAAAACCAGUGGCAGAUAUUCUUGCCGAUGGUAAUUUGUAUAUCCAGGAAGCUCGAGCUGCCGAAAGUUCAGGCCUGGUAUCGGUUCUUCUCGAGGGUCCACCGAACAGCGGUAAAACAGCUCUCGCAGCCCAAAUUGCCAAGAACUCCGAUUUCCCGUUCAUCAAGGUUUGCACACCGGAAGACAUGGUUGGUUUCACGGAAUUCGCAAAGUGCUUAUCGAUACGCAAGGUAUUCGACGAUGCGUAUCGUUCACAACUCAGUUGCAUACUUGUCGACAAUAUCGAGCGUCUCUUGGAUUAUGGUCCAAUCGGUCCCCGUUAUUCCAACUUGACGUUGCAAGCUCUAUUGGUUUUAUUGAAGAAACAACCACCUCGUGGACGCAAAUUAUUAAUCCUUUGCACAACAAGUCGUCGGCAAGUUCUGGAAGAUAUGGAGCUUCUAUCGGCAUUCAGUACAAUUCUUCAUGUACCUAAUCUAUCAACUGCGGAUAAUCUUCUGGCGGUGCUUGAAGAAGUUGAUUUGUUCUCGAAAGAUGAACUGGUAUCCCUCCAUGCUCGAUUACAAGGAAAACGGGUAUUCAUCGGAAUCAAGAAACUCCUUUGUUUGAUCGACAUGGCGCGACAAGUGGAGCCGAGCUAUCGAGUACCGAAAUUCCUUUCCAAGCUCGAAGAUGAAGGUGCCCUGGAAUAAGAAAACCACGUAAUACAUGAAAAUUGUACAAUUUAUUGUAAUUAAUUUAUGUAGUAUAAUUAUAGAGUCAAUAACACUGAAUAGAAGUAUUCAAUGCGAUCUCCAUAGUCAAGCUAGAGCACCGUUAAACAAGGCAAACGCCGAGGGAAGGAUGAUAGUAAAUCAUCCUGUUUAAAUUCAAUUCAGCCAACAAUAAACGUGUAACGGUCUAUCUUAUGGUCAACUUGAAUAUCGUGAGAACAAGCGCAAGUGUUGCUUACAAAACACCAGUAUUGUUGCCCAAUUAUAACGAUUUGUAUACUUUUAAUGAUUUAUUUUUUUAAUAUAUAGUUUUUUUUGUUAAUUCGUGUUUGACCAAGCGUUCUUCGAAUCGAUUGUAUUAAGAGCCAUAACGACUAGUCGAUUAUUGAAGAAAUCCAUUAUUGAAACGUUUACAGCGAUUGGUAAUAGAAAAAUUAAUCCGCGAAUAUUACGUUUUUAUCAUCCUUCAUUUUUGAAUGAGUAAAAAAGUUAUAGAUUGAGGAAUUAUUGGAUCUGAAAAAUCCGAUGGAAGAAAAGAGGAUAGGAACAAAUAUUAUUAAAAUGGUAAAUUGAUGGUUGAACAUUCAAUUCGAAAUCAAUAAUGACGAUGGAAAUAGUAGCGCAAAAACGUUGUAAUGUCAAUGACGAUUAAGUAUCUCAAUCGUGGAAAAUGAACUAAAAAAGAUGUUUACGAAACAUUUGGUAGCAGAGCAUUCACUAUUUUAUUACAUGUAUCAAAAAGCCUGUAAAUGAGAAACGUAUGAAUACCAUAUAUAUUUCAAGAAAGCAUCAUUUAUGUGAAAUCGGAAGACGUUUCUCCUAUUAAACAUUCGAUGCUGAAAAACGUAAAAUAUAAAUGUUCCGAUGCGUCGUUAAAUGAUGCGAGGAUAUUCCAUGAAAAUCGAAAUGAUCUAUUUUAAGUUUUGUAUCGCUAUUUUUUUUUUCUCUACCAAAAACACUAUGAAUCUCUAUCAGAUUUGACCAAUGGUUUCGAGUGCUGAAACACCAUUUUCGCUCUGUUGUAUAAACGAAUCUGAUAUAUUUAUUUGCAGUCGAUGCAUCGAUCGGGCUUCUCGGUUCUGAAACUUUCAUACUGAAUAGCAAUAAUUGCGGAAAUCUUGAACAGUUUAUAUAUAUAAAUAUGUCUGGUGUCUAUACGAAUAGAUAUAAAUUUACAAGAUUUCCCGUCAGAAUCUGAGAUCUGUAGAUGAAUAUUUACUCAACUUGUGGACCGAGUGUACGCGAAUUAAAAUAGUAUUUAUUCGCUUAAGCGAUAUCACCUGAAUUUACAGAACGAUGUAAUUACAUUCCUUGCGUGAGGAAAUAAAUAAGGGAAUCAUGAAAAUGCGACGAGUGCAUUAAUGAACGUGUCAAUUGUUCUUGUUGCGUUGAUUGAUAAAUCCAUUCGUCAUUCCAGCCGUUCGGCAUGUGAACUAUUCUUUCGUCAGUUAAUUUUGUUACUAUUUAUUGACAAUUCCAAUCGUUGGCUAAUACAUUAACGCGUUAUUACUGCAAAUAACAUAAACUUCUGUACUCGUGUCAUUAGUUAUGUACGUUGCGUUGAAAGUUUGUUAUAUGUUCAUUUGUUGAUAGAAUACUCUGAGUUCUCAAACUUUCAUGUGUUGAGAUCUAAUGAAAAUGAUGACUCAAUUCUCAUAAAAUUUAUUUGAAAUGUCAGUUGCAAUUACGAUUGAUGCUGGCAAGCUGCUUUGUAACCGGGCUUUAUCACGAUUUCGUGAUUUGUUAUCGAAGAAGUACCGCUGUCGACGAUACAGAAAAGUUACAUACUCCAUUAAAAAUGAUGUCUAUCAAGUUAUACUUGAAUUCCAUUAUCGUUCUUAGUGUUGUAAAAUGUACACGCUCAGGAUGCAUCCAAUGUCGUUGUCUCUUUCUCUGUGUGUAGAAAUAUUAGGAAGAAAUAAAGUUUCAACUCGUUAAAAA